GUGAGUUAGUGUUAUAAUGAAUUGGUGUCAAUUUAUUCUACUUAACAAAUGAAUUUGUUUAUAAGUUUAUUAUAAACUAUCUCACUCUCACAGAAGGAUAUAACAUUAUUGGCUUGCAUGAUUUUUUUAAUGGUGUGGAGCAUGGGUGCAUUUCUUUAAAGGAAGUAAAUGGUAUCAUAACCUAUUCCAGGAUAUCUGCCUACCCAUAUCUGGGUAGCAAGCAUACUUUGUAAUCUCACCAAUGAAGCUGCAUAUGAUGACUCAUGGACAAAGUAGCACCCCAGCACGUGGAAGAGUUUCGCCUUACUAUAUACCUCAGUCUUAUCAAUCCACGUAUUAUAACAAUGGGGGAAGCAGGAAAGGUUCGAUCCAUCAUAAUGUUGCAAGCGAUUCAAACGUCGCAGUCGACCUACGACAGGGAAGGCGCUCACCAGAUAACCAGGCAGAGUACAAGCACCGUAAUAUGAACAACCAGCAAGUCUAUAACGACGAGAGAAGUUUAUCUCGAAUGACAACCGAAGAUCUACUGAUGGUUGAAGAACAUAUUCGACCGCUUAUUAAGGAAGAACUAAGAUAUACGAUCCAGAGUAAACGGAUAGCAAGAGGAUUGCCCGAAACAGUGGAACUUGAAUACAAAACGCAACAGAAUGACGAAAUUUCUCCCGAAACUUUGCUAAAACGCGAAAGAAGACGAGAAAGAAAUAAAGUCGCCGCCGCAAAAUGCCGGUUUAAGAAAAAGAUUUUGUCAGAGCAGUUGCAAGAGGAAUCUGAACAUCUAGAAAACCUGAACGCAAAGCUAAAACGAGAAAUCGAAAAGCUGCAAGAAGAAAGACAAAAGUUAAUGUACUUGCUAAAUGGCCACAAACCAGAGUGUAUUGCAGUACCAGAGGAAAUAAAUCUAGAUGCAGAACCCCAGUAUAUGGAUAAACAAUCGGAUCCGAGGUUUAACACUAUUUGCUCAUCUGCAGCAAAUGCUCCUGACAAUGAUGUCCAACAGAACGAGCAUACUGCCCCAAAAACUAUAUACCCAUACGACGAAACGUACUUAACUCGGCGCUUAUAAUAGCCACCGUAUGCAUGUUUUUUACAACUUACAAAUAACUUUUCUUUAUCCGCACAUUUAUGUUUGAAUAUUAUGAUUCUCUUGCCUCGUUCAUUCGAAUAUGUUCGCGAGCUGUUAGUUAGUUAGUAAGCUGGGGUAAGAUGGUCCAUGUUUUCUUUUUAUCGUUCUAUUUAGUAGCAAGCAAGAAUAUUUAUAGAAUCACAUGAACGUAUUCUUACGACUCUAAUAUAGCGUUAUUAAUUGUUAAAAAGACGAUUAAUAAAUAUUGAAUAAUAUGGGAUAGCCCUAUCCAUCUUACCCCACAAUACUAUAUACGUUUUUUUUUCACGCGGAAGUUAAUCACUCUAUAGUGCUUUGUUACAUUGUUACAGCCAUUUACUGUUAAUGAGUUAUGUCACGUCCCAAUUUCCCUUCUUCCUAUUGAAGUAUUGUUUAUGAUUGUCCGCCAUAUUGUUCUGAAUACAGUUUUCGUCUACGUAUAUACUGUGUAUAUACUUUCGUGUCAACAGUUCGUUUUAUUUAAUCAUUAAAAUGAAAAAUACAAAAGUACAAACCACAAA